GUUAAUCCGACAGGAGUCGGUCUGGAGCUGCGGCGAACUGGAGACGGGAGACCCGGGGAAGAGUAGCAGACUUUACCGCUUUAGCUCCUGAAACACCGACAAAACUAGUUGGGAUUAGGUGUUAUAAAUGGACAGAAGCAACAAAAAGAUAGAGUAGAAGUCGCAUAACAUGACAGAGAAACUUUAGAGGAGAGUUUUUGGGGUGAGACGCCGAGGUGUUAACGGGGCGGUCCGCCUACGACUCAACAUGGAUGUCCGGGGAGCAACGGUGCGGCUUUGAGAAGGAAUUAAGGCCGUUUCUGGGCUAUUUCUAGCCGAAGAGUUUGUGUGACGGAGCUACGGAGGAUAUUAAAGCACCGGUCUGUCUGUUUCAGGCAAAUUCAGCUGUGGAUUGUUGUCGCUAACGUUUAGCAAAGAUGUUAAAACUGUGGAGGCGAGAUGUGCCGCUCUCAGAGAGGCUGGGGGAGGAUUCUCCUCUCGUUGCCGCACCUGGCCCCCCACCCACAGCAGCCCCAGUGGGCCCCAAUAUUUCAUGGCUUCCUGAGGCGCCGCUACUCAGCUCGGACUCACCUAUCUUUCUGAUGACUCCAGCAGCGCAGGCUGUGUCCGGCUUCUUCGUCUGGACUGCGCUGAUCCUCACCUGUCACCAGAUCUACAUGCACCUGCGUUUCUACAGCUCACCCAGGGAGCAGCGCCAUAUUGUGCGAAUCCUCUUCAUCGUUCCCAUCUAUGCCUUUGAUUCCUGGCUCAGCCUUCUGUUCUUCACCAAUGACCAGUACUACGUCUACUUUGACACAGUCAGAGACUGCUAUGAAGCAUUUGUUAUUUACAACUUCCUGAGUCUGUGUUAUGAAUACUUGGGAGGAGAGAGCGCCAUCAUGGCCGAGAUCAGAGGGAAACCCAUAGAGUCCAGCUGUAUGUACGGUACCUGCUGUCUGAGAGGAAAGGCCUACUCCAUUGGCUUCCUGCGGUUUUGCAAGCAGGCCACUUUACAAUUCUGUGUGGUCAAACCGCUCAUGGCUGUCAUCACCGUCAUCCUGCAGGCCUACGGCAAAUACAAGGACGGAGACUUUAAUGUUGCCAGCGGUUACCUGUAUAUAACCAUCAUCUACAACAUCUCAGUCAGCUUGUCGCUGUACGCCCUCUUCCUCUUCUACUUCGCCACCAGGGAGCUGCUAAGCCCUUACAGCCCUAUGCUCAAGUUUUUUAUGGUCAAGUCAGUCAUCUUCCUCUCCUUCUGGCAGGGCAUGCUGCUGGCCAUCCUGGAGAAGUGCGGGGCCAUCCCUCAGAUUAACUCGGAGGAAGUGUCCGUCGGCGAGGGCACGGUCGCCGCCGGUUACCAGAACUUCAUCAUCUGCAUCGAGAUGUUUUUCGCCGCGCUGGCCCUGCGGCACGCUUUCACAUACAGAGUCUACAAGGACAAAAGUCUCGAUUUAAGAGGACCUGUUCCUACAUAUGGACAGUUUGGCCGCUGUGCCCCCAUGAAGAGCAUCUCCAGCAGCCUGAAGGAGACGAUGAACCCGGGCGACAUGGUCCAGGACGCCAUCCACAACUUCUCCCCGGCCUACCAACAGUACACUCAGCAGUCCACGCUGGAGCAGGGGGCGCCUCCGCCCGUCUCCCGUGCCCACAGUGCUGUCAGCGCCCGCGGUGACACAGAGAAAACCCUCCUGCUCAGCUCAGAUGAUGAAUUCUAGAGCAGGAAAAGUCAAAAGCGGGCAAAACUUCAACAACAGUUGAAACGUAUCAGACG